GGAAAGCUUGAGGCCAAAGAUGAGGAACUUUGCGAGGCUCUUCCUUACUCUGACCAUCCUCUCCUACGGGGGGUUUGGUGAGGUUCUGCAGGAGUUUUCGGAUGUAGCAGCCUGCCAGAACUUCUUCUAUCAGGGCCAGGAGCCGCUAGGUCUGUCCUCUGCUAACACAGCCAACAUCUGCCAGCGCUUGCAGGGUGUAUAUUACUAUGCCACCCUGUACCAUCGCCUGGCUCGAGUGCCCAUCUACUCUGCCUACAUCCUGGAGAAGUCCACCACCUCCCGGCCAGACAUAUCUUCCAGCAACUGGUACCUGGAGCCCAUGUUGGCCUCCAUCCCUCAAGCCAACAUGCUCCAGCCUUCGCACAGCACAAUGCAGCCAGCCCUGGAGGCCGUGACAGAAAGUCAGGCGGUGAACGACGAUUACAGGAACUCCGGCCUCACCAGAGGACAUCUGAAUCCCAGCCAGCACCACAGCAGCGAGUCCCAGAUCUCCACCUUCACGUUCACCAACAUGGCACCCCAGGAGUCCAACUUCAACAGUGGAACCUGGAAUCAGUAUGAAACCUUCCUGCGUGACCAGAUCCUGCCCGCCUGCUCCCAAACACAUGUCCUCAGCGGGGUUAUCAUCUCCGGCCUUACCCCAGGGCAGGGCAGGUGGCUGCGCGAUCGAGUCAACGUGCCCACCUUCUUCUGGAGCGCGUUUUGUUGUGUUCGGGGAGAUGGAACCCGGCGCGCAGAAGGUCGGCUGGGGCGCAAUUCAAGUCCCUACGACGUGGUGAAAAUGUCUGUUCCACAACUGGAGGCCGUCCUCAGCGGAGAGUACGGGGGGGAAGUCCUGCUGUUUCAGGGAGGCUGCCAGUGACGUCCGAGAACUGAUCAUUGAAACGUUGUAUCCCAUGUCUUCUAUCACGACCCAAACCAUGACCGCGCAUUGCAGUUCUUAUUAUCUAUUCUACGGCGCUUCUUACAAAGUAUACAAAGUGGAAAUAUUUGAACGUUUUCCCAAACUGCAGCGUGGUGAAAAUAAUAAAAGUGCAACUUUGUUUCCAAAA